CUCAAAAGGCCCGGUAGUGUUCACCGCCUUCGUCACUCCCGCGGACUACUCCCGCCAUGGUGUCUCCUCCGUCUUCCGCCGUCUCUGUCGUCUUGCUGAUGGCCGCUGCUGCUGCAGCUGCCCCAGCCCAGCUGCCUGCUGAAAUGAAGACGUGCAAGCAGACCGAUCCUAAGUACGUCCAGUGUCUCAAGAUUGCGCUCCAGGACUCUCUACCGACGCUUGUAAAAGGUGUUCGCAGUCUCGGCACGCAGCCUAUCGACCCGCUCAAGAUUGUGGCGCUCAGCAUCGCCGAGGAGAAGAACAAGCCGGUCGCCGUCAACCUCGACUUCUCUGACGUCACCAUCUCCGGCGUAGGCAGCUCCGUCAUCGACGCCGUUGAGAUGACGCCCGGCAGCUACGACAUCAAGAUAAUCGCGCACGCUGCCUCCCCUGUUACAAUGAACGGCAACUACAAACUGGAGGGGAAGGUGCUCGCGCUGCCCAUCCAGGGGAUGGGCGACUGCAACAUCACCAUCUCCAACACGGCAGUGGAGCUCCUGCUGAAGGGCGCACCGCUGGAGCAGGACGGCACCACCUACUUCGACGUUAAAGACUUCAAGUUCAGCUUCACCACGGACCGGGUCUACCUCACCUUCAACAACCUCUUCAACGGAGACAAGGCACUCGGAGACAACAUGAACAAGUUCCUGAACGACAACUGGGAAGAAAUCCUGAAGGAGCUCAGGCCGACAAUUGAAGAAGCAUUUUCUGUGGCCUUUAAGGACAUCUCCAAUAAUUUAUUUCACAAGGUGCCAUACAAUGACAUCUUCCCACCAAAGUGAAAACUACACUCCCAUCAUAGACUCACUUAGAUUGAAAGAAUACUCAUUACUGAGUUUCCAUUUUAUACAUUUGUACAAAAAUACGCCUGUUACCAAAUAAACGUGUUUU